AUGUCUUAUGAAGUCGGCACUCGUUGCUGGUACCCGAACGAGACGCUUGGGUGGAUCGGCGGUGAGAUCACUAAGAAUGAUCUGGCGGAUGGAAAGUACCAUCUCGAAUUGCAAUUGGAGGACGGCGAGACUGUCCAGAUCGUGACUGACUCUCUCACCAGGGAGGACGCAGAUGCCAGCGACGCCAGCGCCAGGGACAAUCGCGCAAGCAGCCUGCCUCUAUUAAGAAACCCUCCGAUCUUGGAAUCCACAGAGGAUCUGACUUCUCUUUCCUACUUGAACGAGCCAGCAGUGCUACAUGCAAUCAAACAGAGAUACUCCCAAUUGAACAUAUACACGUACUCGGGUAUAGUUCUGAUCGCAACCAACCCAUUCGAUAGGGUCGACCAACUGUACUCUCAAGAGAUGAUCCAGGCGUAUGCAGGAAAGAGAAGAGGUGAACUAGAACCACAUCUGUUUGCAAUCGCAGAAGAGGCAUACAGACUGAUGAAAAACGAUAAACAGAACCAGACUAUAGUCGUCUCAGGUGAAUCGGGUGCAGGGAAAACAGUUUCUGCAAAAUAUAUCAUGAGAUAUUUUGCCUCCGUAGAGGAAGAACAUUCAGCAAUGAAUGAUGAUAUAAAACAUCAAAUUGGAAUGUCGGAAACCGAAGAAAGAAUAUUGGCGACUAACCCAAUUAUGGAAGCCUUUGGUAAUGCAAAGACAACAAGAAAUGACAAUUCAUCAAGAUUUGGUAAAUAUUUGGAAAUCUUGUUCGAUGAUGAGACUUCCAUCAUUGGUGCAAGAAUGAGAACUUAUCUAUUAGAACGUUCAAGAUUGGUCUACCAACCGAAAACGGAAAGGAAUUAUCAUAUUUUUUACCAAAUGUUAGGUGGAUUAUCACAAGAGACUAAAAAGAGUUUCAGUUUAACUGAUGCAAGUGAUUUCUUUUAUUUGAACCAAGGUGGUGACACUACGAUUCAAGGUAUCGACGAUGCCGAAGAAUAUAAAAUAACGGUGGACGCUUUAACUUUAGUUGGUAUAACACCAGAUAUUCAACAAGAACUUUUCAAAAUUUUGGCCUCUCUUCUACAUAUAGGUAAUAUCGAAGUUAAAAAGACAAGAACAGACGCUUCUUUAUCCUCAGAUGAACCUAGUUUACAAAUAGCUUGUAAUCUAUUAGGCAUUGAUGCAUUCAAUUUCGCUAAAUGGAUAACUAAAAAACAAAUUACCACAAGAUCUGAAAAAAUUAUUUCAAACUUAAACUAUGCUCAAGCUGUUGUUGCCAAAGAUUCUGUAGCAAAAUUUAUUUAUUCCGCUUUAUUCGAUUGGCUUGUUGAAAAUAUUAAUGAAGUUUUAUGUAACCCAAAUGUUACUGAUAAAAUUAAAUCAUUUAUUGGUGUUUUGGAUAUAUAUGGUUUUGAACAUUUUGAAAAAAAUUCUUUUGAACAAUUUUGUAUUAAUUAUGCAAAUGAAAAAUUACAACAAGAAUUUAACCAGCAUGUCUUCAAAUUGGAACAAGAAGAGUACGUUAAAGAAGAAAUCGAAUGGUCAUUCAUCGAAUUCAACGAUAAUCAACCUUGCAUUGACUUAAUCGAAAACAAGUUAGGUAUAUUAUCACUUUUAGAUGAAGAAAGUAGACUACCAGCCGGUUCAGAUGAAUCGUGGACACAGAAAUUAUAUCAAACUUUAGAUAAACCACCGACUGAUAAAGUAUUUUCUAAACCAAGAUUUGGACAAACUAAAUUCGUUGUUUCUCAUUACGCUUUAGAUGUUUCCUAUGAUGUCGAAGGUUUUAUUGAAAAAAAUAGAGAUACUGUCUCAGAUGGUCAUCUAGAGGUAUUAAAAGCCACUAAAAAUGAAACUUUAUUAAAAAUUUUACAAUCAUUAGACAAAAAUGCUGAGAAAGUGGAAGAAGCUAAAAAAGAUCAAAAACCUGCUAAAGUUGCUGGUAGAGCCGUUCAGAAAAAACCAACUUUAGGUUCAAUGUUUAAAUUAUCACUGAUUGAAUUAAUGGCUACUAUCAAUUCAACAAAUGUUCAUUACAUUCGUUGUAUUAAACCUAAUAAUGAAAAAGAAGCUUGGAAGUUUGAUAAUUUAAUGGUUUUAUCACAAUUAAGAGCUUGUGGUGUAUUAGAGACAAUUAGAAUAUCAUGUGCAGGGUUCCCAUCAAGAUGGACAUUUAAUGAAUUCAUUUUAAGAUAUUAUAUUUUAAUUUCACCAAAUGAAUGGUCUACUAUUUUCCAGCAAGAUACUACGGAAGAGAAUAUUAUUGAUUUAUGUAAAAAAAUCUUAGCUGUCACAGUUAAAGAUACCGCUAAAUACCAAAUCGGUAAUACGAAGAUUUUCUUUAAAGCUGGUAUGUUGGCUUAUCUAGAAAAACUAAGAUCUGAAAAGAUGCAUCAAUCAAGUGUAUUAAUUCAAAAGAAAUUAAGAGCUAAAUAUUAUCGUAAACAAUAUUUGGAAAUCAAACACUCGAUUUACUUAUUCCACAGUUAUGCAAAAGGUCAUGCUACCCGUAAUGCUGUCGAAAGAGAAUUUCAAUCAGAAGCUGCAAUUAAAGUUCAAACCUUAUACAGAGGCCAUACAGUACGUUCCCAUGUUAAUGGAAUUAUUUCAAGUAUUGUUAGAAUUCAAUCUAAAUUAAGACAACAACUACUUCAAAAGGAAUUAUACGCUAAAAGAGAACUUAGCGCUGCUGUAUCUAUCCAAAGUAAGAUUAGAACUUUCAAACCAAGAUCUUCUUAUGUUACGACAAGAAGAGACACUGUCGUCGUACAGUCUUUGGUUAGAAGGAAAAUGGCCCAAAGAAAAUUAAAGGAAUUGAAGAAAGAAGCUAAAUCCGUAAACCAUCUACAAGAAGUUAGUUACAAAUUAGAGAAUAAGGUUGUUGAAUUGACUGAAAACUUAGCUAUGAAGGUUAGAGAAAACAAAGAUAUGACUGAAAAGAUUCAAAACUUACAAAAAUCUUUAAACGAAUCCGCUAAUGUUAAAGAAUUGUUAGAAUUACAAAAAUCAGAACAUGCAAAGACUUUAGCAGAUACCAAGUCUGAAUAUGAUGGCACUAUUAGUGAAUUCCAGAAAAAACUUGAAUUAUCAAAACAAGAAGUUGAAGAGACCAAGAAAGAACUAGAAGAAAUGGUUACAAGGCAUGAACAAUUAAAGAUAGAAGCUAUGCAACAGCUAGAAGAAUUGAAUAAGACCAAACAAUUGUUAUCUGAAUCCAGCACUGAAACUACAGAUUUACAAGGCCAAGUAAACUCCUUGAAAGAAGAGAUUGCUCGUCUACAAAAUUCCAUCAAAUCGGGCGCUAUAGCAGUCGGUGCAGGUGCUGUAGCUACAGGUGCUUCAAAUUUCAACGCUACCCCAAGACACAGCAGAAGGUUUAAUUCUCAAGAUGGUAUUAUACCUGAUGGUGUUCCUCCAAGUCCAUUAAAUAUCUUAAGCAAAACCGUUAGUAACGGUGACGAUGUUAAAUCGACAAUCAGCACAAUAUCUAAAAUUAAUGAUGAAUUAUUCAACUUAUUAAAUGAUACCAAGGUUUUGAAUAAAGAAAUAACAGAAGGUUUAUUAAGAGGUUUCAAAGUUCCAGAAACUGGUGUUGCUAUAAGAUUAAGCCAAAAGGAAGUCUUAUAUCCAGCUAGAAUUUUAAUUAUUGUCUUGAGUGACAUGUGGAGAUUAGGUUUAACCAAACAAAGUGAAGGCUUUUUAGCCGAAGUGUUAACUACUAUUCAAGAUGUUGUUAGAGGCUUAAAAGGUCAUAAUAUCAUCCCAGGUGGUGCAUUUUGGUUAACAAAUGUUCGUGAAUUAUAUUCUUUUGUUGUUUUUGCUCAAGAAUCUAUUGUCAACGAUGAAUCAUAUAACAAAGAUUUGAACGAAGAAGAAUAUAAUGAAUAUGUUUCAUUAGUUACUGAACUUAGAGAAGAUUUUGAAUCUUUAAGUUAUAAUAUUUAUAAUAUCUGGUUAAAGAAACUACAGAAAGAACUACAAAAGAAGGUAAUUCCUGCUGUUAUUCUUUCGGAAGCUUUGCCAGGGUUUAAAAACGAAAAUACCGGUUUCUUACCAAAAAUUUUUGGUUCAACAAGUGAAUAUACUAUGGAUGACGUCUUAACUUUUUUCAAUAACAUCUAUUGGUGUAUGAAAUCUUUCCAUGUAGAAAAUGAUAUUUUCCGUGAUACGGUUGUUACAUUAUUAAACUAUGUUGAUGCAAUUUGUUUUAAUGAUUUAAUUAUGAGACGUAAUUUCCUAUCGUGGAAGCGUGGGCUACAAUUGAACUAUAACGUCACAAGAUUAGAGGAAUGGUGCAAAACUCAUCAUAUUCCAGAAGGCGCCCAAUGUUUAGUACACUUAAUCCAAACUUCUAAAUUGCUACAAUUAAGAAAACAAAAUAUUGCCGAUAUAAAGAUUUUAUGUGAGAUUUGUGCUGACUUAAAGCCAAUUCAACUUCAAAAAUUAAUGUCAUUGUAUUCCACUGCUGAUUAUGAACAACCAAUUUCUCAAGAAAUUUUGAACUUCGUCGCUGAUAAAGUUAAAAAGGAAGCUGCUACCAACCCAAGUAAUAAAUCGAAACUACAUGCGGAUGAUAUUUUCCUACAGGUUGAAUCUGGACCUUUUGAAGAUCCAUUUGUCGGUGUAGAAACAAGACAAUUCGGUAAAAUCGAAGCUUACAUUCCUGCAUGGUUAACAUUACCAACUACAAGAAGGGUUGUAGAACUAGUAACACAGCAAGUUACUGUACAAGACACUAAUUAG